AUGAGAUCGACUAGAGAACCAAUGAGAACGUGGCUCCAUCAAACUGUGAAAAUCGAUGGAAGGUAUUGGAAAGAAAUUACAAAAAAAUUUUGUGACAAUAAUAAAAAACAGGCAGGGGUAGGCUUUUUUGAGUAUGCGGACAUAAUGGCCGACAUAUUAGUGGACAAAAAGAAUAUCAAUCCAGUGCUCCUGUUAUCAAGUAACACGGUAGAACACUUAAAGGAACCCGAGAUAUCUGAUACAAGCAGGGUUGAUAUGCUGAACACUCCUGCAUUGGAAUCACCAGAAGAGCAAUUAUUAACCCCACACUCAUCCAGAGAAACACCACGACGCCAACAUCACAAAACUAAAACGUAUCCUAAUAAACGUCUGAAGAACCUGAACAUCUACACCUCCUUAAUAUCAAUGGAUAACCGCCGCCAAAUAUCGAGUAAUUUAAUCAGCGCCAGGGAGUCGCUGGCUGCUGGCAGCGACCAUAGAUAA